CUCCACGAUACCUUCAUCCAUCUCAAUACAUCCUGAGAAGUGAGACAUUCAUCGGUAGUUCACAUCAUUGUUGUCACCACGUAAACGUGCUUCUCGUCUCCCCGCAAGAUGACAUCCACUCUCCCCCCUAACAUUCAACACCUCAUCAACCCCCGCAACGCCCUCCUAACUACCAUCUCCCUGCCCAUCCUCUACCUCGCAUACACAGACUACCGUGCCUGGCUGUCAGUCGGCCGAGGCGGUCUCCCUCACAACCCUUUCGGCUACCUAAUCGCCACCCUUCUUCGACCAUUAAAGGCAGCUCGUUUCGAUACCUCAUUCAUAUCAAAUCCUCGGAUCUUGGAGAAAAGCGGCCCUGCAGGAGAGAAAGCUCAUUUGAGCGAGGAUGACAUACCGAGAAGAAAGGGAGAGAGACCUGAAGUCUGUGGAUGGAUUUUACCUCAGCGUCAAUUGAAUCAAAAGGCAACCGAGGAUUUUAGAGAGUAUUUCCAAACCCUAAUCACCUCCCUGGCUAGUUCCCAGCCAUCACAACUUCAAGUCUCAAUCUCGGUCCUGGAACGCACUGGUCCAGCACUGUUUAUUCACCCGUCGAUCAUAAAGCAUCUUGGGGCAGGCGGAACCAGGAAUGAGAUCGCCCAUUUGCAUGAAAGUGAUGGGAGCAUGCACGUUUCCCUAGCUCCGAGCGAUGCGAAGUUGAUUAUUGAGAGAGGAUGGGGAGAGAGAUUUGGAUUGAGUGGAUCGAUUCUUCCGGUUACUUAUACUAUGGUGUAUGCGCCGAGAGAUGAAGAGGAGAUGAGGAUUGCCGAAACGAUUGUGAGGGCAGGAGUGAAGUUUAUGUUGGGCGAGGAGGUUUGAUGAAAAGUUUCGAAGGUUGAGUGGAGUAUAGGGCUUGUGUGUAUAGCUAAUAUUAUAGCUAAGAAUAAAGCUCAGCACAAAGAUAUUCGUCU